AUGAAUAAAGGGGGUAUUAUAGCAAUUAACAAGCCAUCUGGAUGGGUCUGUACUCAUAUUUUAAAUGAAUUAGAAAAAAUUUUAAGAAAAUCUUAUCUUUAUAAUCAACUUGUUGAUAUUUCUCAAGAACAAGCACAUAAACGUCGGAGAAAGUCAAAAGAUUCGAAAUAUAGAAAAAUCAAGCUUGGCCAUGGAGGAACUUUAGAUCCAUUAGCAAGUGGUGUACUUGUAAUAGGUAUUGGAAAGAGUACAAAAAAACUUAAGAAAUUUCUAAAUUGCACUAAAGAAUAUGAAGCAACAGCCUUAUUCGGUUAUUCUACAGAUACAUAUGAUUCUAAUGGAAAAAUUUUAAAGUGUAUGCCAUGGUCUCAUUUAACAGAAGAUAAAGUUACAAAAGCACUUGAAAACUUUAAAGGUAAUAUAUUACAGAAACCUCCAAUAUAUUCUGCUUUGCAUAUGAAAGGAAAACGUUUAUAUCAAUAUUUAAGAGAAGGCAUUGAACUUCCAGAAGAAAUUAAACCCCAACCAACAACUGAUGAUGCUAUAGAUAUUUCUAGCAAUGUAUUACAGGAGCAAGGAGCUAUGAAUUACAAAAGCGAAAAACGCAAUUUAUUUAAUUCUACUAACGAAAUUAAAAUAUCAGAUAAUUUAUCUAAUAAUGUUGAUAACGAAGAACAAAAAACAUCUAAUAUACGUUCAUCUAUAAAAAGAAAGGCGCCUGCAGUUAAAUUCCGUAUUGUUGCAUCUUCUGGCACAUAUAUUCGAUCACUUAUUCAUGAUCUUGCUAUAUUUUUAGAUUCUGCUGCACAUAUAGUAGAACUUGUACGAUGUCGCCAAGGAAAAUACAUAUUAAACGAAAAUACUAUAGAUUGGUCAAAAUUUCAGAAUGGGGAUUGGGAAAAAGACUUUUUGGAGGCAAUUUCAUUAGAAGAUGACACAGAAUCUUAA